AUGUCGCAGGAGAGGCUGUUCGGUAGCUCAGUGGGUCACUCACGAUCGCGGCUGUUUUCCAGCGACGCUCCUGAUGUCCUUGGCUUGGAGAGCGGUUACGCGAGUCCGAAAAAUGUUGCUUCGAUAGAGGGCGUGACCUCUCCAACCAAGGAGGAUGCCGUGGAACGGCGCCGCAACCGCUUCCACAUCACCCCGCGAGCCACUACCAUCCGCCGUGCCACCAAUAGCCGGGGCAGCGUGCCUCCGGCACCGAUGUUGCAGAUAAAGAAGCACAACACUGUAGAUUUUGCGAGCGAUGUAGCGAGCGAGUCGCCGUCUGGCGGCGAUGAGUUGAAGCGCGUCGAUUCGUGCUACACGUCCAAGAGUGGCUGUCAGUGGCAGUACACCAACCGUGAUAUCGAGUUGCCCAAAAUGCUGCAAUUCGAUUUCCACGUGUUGGAGGAGCACGAUAACAGUGGUGAGGAGUUGCGCGAUUUCGAGGAGUUGGCCGGAGUUUUGAGACACAUUGCUAGUAACAAGAUGGUAUCUGUACAACCGCAAGUCCUGUGUUCUGCUUCCAGCGCCCACCCUACUUUGAAAAUUGGUAUGGUCCUCAGCGGCGGUCCCGCCCCUGGUGGCCAUAAUGUAAUCGCCGGUGUUUUCGAUUAUUUGUACCUGCGCAACACGCAGUCCCAGCUGAUAGGUUUCCACGGUGGUCUGGACGGGUUCCUCAAUCGCCAGCACGAGAUCGUUAGUUAUGAUUUGAUGGAGAAGUUCCGAAACAUGGGUGGUUUCAACAUGCUGCUGUCCGGUCGUGGCAAGGUUUCCGGUAUGGCUGACCUUGACCGCGCCGUUGAGGCUGUGAACGAUCUGGAUCUGGACGGUUUGAUCAUUGUUGGUGGUGAUGGUUCCAACAGCAACGCUGCUCUGCUUGCCAACCACUUUGCGUGGCGCCAGUCUCCUAACAUCUCGGAUGGCCACCCGGUGCUUCGCAAGCCCUGUUGCGUUGUUGGCGUCCCCAAAACAGUGGACGGUGACGUGCAGUCGCACAACAUAGAGGUGAGCUUUGGGUUCGACACCGCUGCGCGCACGUACUCCGAGCUCAUUGGCAACCUGUGCACUGACGCCAGCAGCACCCAAUACACGUACCACUUCAUUCGCGUCAUGGGCCGUUCUGCGUCCCAUCUCGCUCUGGAGUGCGGUAUGCAAACGCACCCGAACGUGGUUCUGAUUGGCGAGGAGGUCCGCCGAAAGCAGCAGUCGCUGUCCUCCAUUGUUGAUGAUAUUGUGAACCUCAUGGAGAAACGUUAUCAUAUGGGUAAGCCCUACGGUGUGGUGCUUAUUCCCGAGGGGCUCAUCGAGUUCAUCCCGGAGAUCAACGUUUUGAUCAGUGAGUUAAACGAGAUCAUACUGAAAUCUGAUGGUCCGGUCACCCACCUGGCGCCUGAGAGGCUGACUAAGAGCCGUGCUACCUGGGAAGCGCUGCCAGACAGCAUCCGCGAGCAGCUUUUGAUGGACCGUGAGGCCACCGGAUAUGUCAUGUUGGCGAAGAUCGCCACGGAGCGUUUGCUGCUGAUGUUGGUAGAAGCUAGAAUUGCCCAGCGUAAGCUUGACCAUUUGGCUUCGUUGACUUUUAUGACCCACUACUUCGGUUACGAAGGCCGCUGUGCGAUGCCGUCGGCCUUUGAUAGUGCCUACUGCUACUCUCUGGGUUACAACGCCGGUGUGCUCAUUAAUGCGAAACGCAAUGGGUACAUGUCGGUGAUUAGGGAGCUCAAGUCCCCCAUUUCCGAGUGGAUUCCGCUAGGCGUACCGUUUUUGCACCUUAUGCAGAUGAUCGACCUGGGAGGUCGCCGUGUGCCGGCCAUUCGCAAGACCCUGCUCAACCUUGACGGCAACCUUUUCAAGGUAUUCGAGAAGGUGCGUGAGACCUGGGCAUAUGAGGAUCUUUAUCGGUCCCCCGGCCCUAUUCAACUCUUCGACAGCGACAAAGAACGCUGCUUCUGCAUUGCCGACCCCACUGUUGAGGACCUGGUGGGGAAGCCCAAGUCCGCUUCUGACGCGAAGUCUCGUUUCCUUCUGCAGCGCCACAUCGACUGCCUGAGUCCGCUUCAGCGCAGCCGUUUGGGUGUCAGGCCACCUAUUCCGCUGCUGUGCAGCGACAAGCGUGCCCGCAUGAAGAUGUUCAAGCAGGUUCUGAGCAACGACCCGUACACUCGCAACCAGGUUGCGCUUAACUACCCCUACAUGAUCCGCCGUUGCCACUUCAACCUUUAUGAGGUUGUGAGCGAGUACCCGGAAGUUGAGGCAAACCAGGACGAUGUGAACAUCCCCAUGAAAGUCGGUGUGGUUGUUUUAACUAAGCAGGCGCCGGGUGUGUUGAAUGUAAUAUGGGGUAUCCAUGAGCGCCUCUCUCUACGCGGCAGCAGCUGUGUAGCUUUCAACGGCGCGCGUGGUUUGAUCGAGGGAGACUACAUAGAGCUAUCGGCUAGCGACUUUGACCUCUUCCGCAACCAGGGCGGUCUCGAGUUGGUUCACCGUUCUCGCGUGCACUAUCUGCAUGACCCCCAAAACUGGGCUUUGGCGCUGAAGACCUGUACAUCUCUCGGCCUCGAGGGUCUUAUAAUAUUGGGUGACGAGUCAGCGAUGACGCAGGCUGCACUGUUGACCGAGUACUUCUUGAGCAAGAACAGCAACAUUUGUGUCGUCGGCGUACCCGUUGCCGGUUCCAAUGGUCUGGCGGGCCCACUAAUUGAGAGUUGUGUCGGUUUUGACUCCAAUGCACGGCUUUAUGCCGCUCUGGUGGGCAACGUGCUGACGGAUGCCGUGAGCAUGCCGAAAUACUGGCACUUUGUGAAGAUUUUGGGUCGCUACCCCAGUUUGGAGGUGCUUGAGUGCGCUUUGCAGACUCACCCCAACUUCAUCAUCAUUGCUGAGGAGUACGGGUCUGCGGACAAGACCCUGUUCGACGUUGUGCGCGACAUUGCCGACGCCGUGUGCAAGCGUGCCGUGAUGGGAAAGAACUACGGUACUGUUUUGAUCCCCGACCACCUGGUAUUGCACCUCCCCAACACGAAAUCUAUGCUUACGGAGUUGCGCGCGGUCUUGAUGGAGGCUACCGCUGCUGGCAAGCGCCGCGAGGCCGUUGACAGCUUCUUGAACUACAGCAAGGGGAACGAUGCGGGUAACGAGUGGGUGCAUAAGAUCACCCCGUGGAGUCUUGGUGUGUUCAACUCGCUGCCGAUAUACAUUCGCCGCGAGUUGCUGAACUUCGAUGCUGAGGUGGCGUUGGAACGUCUGGACAUCGAAAUUAUGUUGGCCAAGAUGGUUAAGGAAGAGCUGAAUGUGCGCAAGGCUAAGGGCGAGUACCGCGGCAACUACGCCGCUGUUACUCACUACUUCGGUUACCAGGGACGCUGCUGCAUGCCGUCCGAGUUCGACUGCAGUCUUGCGUUUGCGUACGGCCACCUGGCAGCAAUCUCUGUGGAGAGCCGUUUGACUGGUGUUUGCUGUUCUAUCCGCGGCCUGUGCGGCACUGUUAAAGACUGGAAGAUGUUUGCUAUCCCGUUGACAAGCCUGAUGAAGGUUGAACCUAACAUUUUGACGGCGUUGUCUCUGAGCUCCUACAAGAAGGGAGAGCUACCCAUUAUUCCCAGCUCCACUGUUAGUUUGAAGAGCAAGGCGUUUAAGAAGCUCACUAUGGCUCGCAAGAAGUGGCUGUUUGAUGACUUGUUCAGCAACCCCGGCCCCAUUCAGUUCAACGGAUCUGUGACCCCGCAGAGCUUGGUCCUCAUCGCGGAACAUGCCGAAUACUACCAGAUGUUGAGAGGCGUCGAGCGUUUCGUUCGCGUGCUGCAGAACACGUGCAAGUUCGGCGUCAGCGAGGAGUACCUCAACCACGCCUUUGUGCAGCUCUGGGGCCUCCUCAGGGUGUCCCAGGCCCCCGGCGACCUGGUGAGUCUGGCCGAUACAAUAAAAUCUGACGAGGACGUGCCUCCUACGCCCUCUGUCACCCCUUCUUCAUUAAACUCUUUUAUUUAA